CCCACUACCAGUAUUCCUGCUCCAAAGCUUGCUAGUCAGCUCUAACCAAGUCGAAUAUAUUGAAAUAUUGAGGACGUAGGGCCGGUCAUCUGGAAAUGACAGACUCGGCUCGGUGGAAGGCCACGGUCUAUGUGGGCGGAUUGGCUUCACUUGUCACGACAACCAGUUUACAUGAUGCCUUCAUACCAUUCGGUGAGAUCGCAGAUGUAUCUUUGCCUAAGAAUGAGAACCCAAAGACCACCGACCUUCACCGAGGGUUCGCCUACGUCGAGUAUGAGGAUGCCGAGGACGCCAAAGAAGCCAUCGACAAUAUGGACCAGGCCGAGUUCUUUGGUCGGGUGAUCAAGGUGUCGGCAGCUAAAGCACCGAAGAGCGCGGAUGAGGGACUGGGAAGCAAGACGGCCGUCUGGCAACAGGAAGGAUGGCUCGCCGAAAAUGCCGUUAGCGAAGAGGACCGCAUGGCAGGCGAUCAAGCACAGGCGGUUGGAGGCGCGAGGCCGGGAGACCCCAUGCAGGGACUUGAGGGCCUGGAUGUGGCAGGUCCUAAGCCAGAGUAAGGGAGUAAUGGAGUUGAGCCAUUUUUUGGGGGGGGGGAUCCCAGGGUGGUUUUCUAGCAUGACAGCGGCGUUAUGGUGAAAAGUUUUGGCCAAGUUUUGAAACAUCAAAGCCAUCAGGGAAAAUGGAAUCCUCGGUCCAGUGCGUACGGCUGUAUUCUGAACAUCAUGUACAAAUAUUCUCUCUCAAGUGUGAACGCCAGC